AUGGACGAAGGAGUAAUACAGGCCACUGUGGCUGGUUUGAAGUGUGAGUUCCUCAUUGACUCGGGGGCCCAAGUGAGCACAAUCACGAAGCAACGAUAUGAUGAUAUGCAGUCGAACCAGCAGUAUAAAGCUGAAUUAUACAACGUUCAGCAUAGUACGGUUCGUCCUCUAAAGGCCUAUGCGACGGAUGGAGAAAUUCCAGUAAUUUCGACUUUUGAGGCCUUCAUGCACAUAUCCGACGACCGCCCGACUUUACUCGAAAAAUUCCACGUAGUGAAGGAAAGUAGAUCUCUAUUAGGGAGGGCAACUGCAACCCGUUACAGUGUCUUACUCCUGGGGCUACAAGUCCCUGUGAGUUCGGUGAAAACUCUUUCACGGUCCUGGUACGAAUCAGAUGAAAUUGCAUCGGUGGCGUUUGACGAAGUGUUCCCCAAGUUCAAUAUCCCUCCAGUAAAAAUAAACUAUGAUCGUACAAGACCGCCAUGCCGCAACGUCUAUAUGAAUAUUCCAAUAGCAGUUAAGCCGAUGGUCAAGCAACGUCUAGAACAAUUGCUAUCGGCGGGUAUUAUUGAAUACGUCACGGAUGAUAUGGAAAACCUAUUUUGCUCAUCAAUGUUAGCAAUACCCAAAGGAAAAAGCGACAUACGACUAGUGAUUGAUCUGAGGGGACCGAACAGUUAUAUUCAAAGGACUCCAUUCGCGAUGCCAAGUUUGGAAAACAUUUUGGCGGAAUUAGAUGGGGCACAAUGGUUCUCGACCAUAGACUUGGUCAAUGCAUACUUUCACAUUGAGCUCGACAAAGAAAGUCGUCAUCUUACGAAUUUUUGUACGGAGUUCGGAAUGUUCCGGUGUAUUCGAUUACCGUUCGGGUUGUGUAACGCACCCGACAUUUUCCAGGAAGUUUUGCAGCGAAAGAUUCUUGGAGACUGUCGUGGUGUUAAAAACUACCAGGAUGACAUAUUUGUUUAUGGAAGAACCCCUGAAGAGCACGACGAGAACCUAGAAGCUGCAGACGAAAUGGCAAAUUCUAAGUCGUACCUGUUAUCGCUCAAAAAUGCGUGUCAAACCGACGCGGUCCCAGCUCUCUUACCCAGCAACUCCUAUCCCUACCGCCUCGUAGCGCUGGCCGACAUAAGCAAGGGAAGACCGGAUAACCAACCCCUGGUGGGAACUAUGGUCAAAGUGCCGAGGGAAGGUGGAUUUGCGGAGGUGCAAAUCUGA